GGAUCAGUUGCCUGCGCUUCAAUGACAGCACAUCGUCCGGUCGUCCCUCUGUGCCUUCGUCUUGCCUCGUGGAUAAUCAGCGUCUUCCUUGUGAAAUUAUCAAAACUUGUGACACGAGCCCGCGUGGCCAUCGCCAGCCCGUGUUGAAAUUUCAAGUGUGUGAAAACUUCUGUGAACAUUAACAAGUGAAACAAGUCAUGUCCGCGUCGAAAUGCGUCGCUUUCUCGCGGCGUCCUUCCAGUAUUCUCCAGUUGAAGUCGGCGACGUGCGAAAGCGUCUAUCGCACUCCUGAUCGUCUUGUAUCUUAUCUGACCAAAUCUGCGGCCGUUUUCCUGUCCCGGUGAAGGUGAGGGCACGGCCGGCGCAGGUUAGAUGUGCGCAGUCAGUGGCCCAGUGCUUCGCCGCAGGAUGGCUGGACGGUAUCCGGUCAGCCCGGGCGUCGCUCUGAUCAUCAGCGUCAGGGACUUCAAGGGCACAGACGAGCCGCGUCUAGGCGCAAGAAACGAUUUCAUGUUCCUCAAGAGCACGUUCACAGUUACGGGCUGCAGAACAUUCCCAGCCACAGAGAAGCUGAGCUGGAGCCAGUCGGAUUUCGUAAAUGCUCUGAAGGAAGCUGUGACACCCUUUGAAGAAGAAGAGGCCUUUAAGCGCGGACCUUUCUUUCUGUGCUUCUCGACGCAUGGCGAUGAAAAAGGUAUAACACUUUCCGACGGCGAAUAUUUACCCCUCAACGUGCUUCGGGCUAUACUAGCGGAACAAGAAACGCUUCGAAGUAGACCAAAGGUGAUAGUGAUUCAGGCAUGCCGAGGGAAGAUGUGUAUGACCAAGGAUGGACCUAAACUCUCGAGUUUUAAAGUCACAGCUGACUCUGCCGCAGACCCAUGGGGGAAUACAAUGGGUAUCGCAUCGUGUGUACAGACACGUGUGUCCUACAGCAGUGAUUUGGGUUCCAUAUUUAUUUUGCACUUCUGCAACGAGAUACUCGGCGGCCUCCUUGACAACGACGGUUGCACGAUCCAAGACGUGAAGGAGGGCGUGGUACGUGCCUUAACGGGAAUUCGCAAAUUCAACAGCCAAGAAAUCGUCUACACUACGCCGGAAUUGUUUUGCGACAACCUCCAAGGAGCCCUUGUACUGAAGCCCACAAAUCGCGACGCGGUGCUGAAAUUGCGGAAGAUUUUAACCCUUGCCCUUUCAAAAAUGCCAUGGGAAAUCGAAAGAAAUGAAGAGGACAUAAAAAUACCAGCUUUCCCCUUGGACGAACCCACCCACGAGGUGACCACAGCGGAGAUGGUUGACGCUGGGAAGUUCGAAGAGCAACCUUCCACAGUAUCGGUACUUGAAGAGCAAUCAUCUUGCAUGGGUGCAGGAGCUAAUUCCGCCUUGGACGUCAACACCUUCGUGGACCAGCUUCUCAGCGCGGCCCGCGCGGAGAUCUCCAACCGUGGCAUGGAGCAGGUGUCCUUGCCCGACAUCUCAGAGAAGUUGAAGCAGAAGGUCAUUUCCAUUAAGAUCCCGGGCAGGUUCCUGGCCUUCAACGGGUGGGCCAAGUCGCUGGCCUCCCUCCACCGCAUUGGCGACGCGGUCAUGUCCACGAAUGGCGACAAGUUGAGCUUGGAUAUCCCCCUGAGCCUCACUGACCUGCAAAUACGGUACAGCUACAGGAUCGUGCUGGGCAAGCUCCGGCCCGGCGGCCACCUCACAGCCACGGUGGCGACCAACACGCUGCACCUGCGCGCCAGCCUGCCGCAAGUCUCGGACGACGCCUGCGCGCUGGUUGUCGACUCGUUCGAGCUCACCGAGCUGGGCGAGAUCCAGGUGCAGGCCGAAGGACUGGGCGACCUCAAGGCCUACCUCUCCAAGGUCCUGACCUGGGUGACGGCCUCGCUGCACGACAGGAUCAGCCAGGCGGUGCGAGAGGGACUCAAGGACGCCAUCGUGAAAGCCGGUCUGCACCUCAACUGCAGCUCACUCAUCCGAAUGUAAAACUAAUCUUCGUGCCGGUUUGAUACCAGUGAUCUCAUGUGUUUGUUGUACCUCAUUUCUGUCAGGAUGGACAGAAUCCUGUGCAUGUACAAGGAUGUACGUACACUACGGACAUGUAAAUAAAUUUAGUUUUUUUCAUCGCUUGGAUCA